CCCCCAGCCCGGGUAAUGCCUCCCCCACACCCACCCUGCUGGGUGUCUCUGGUCUCCAGGUGGUGGGCCAGGGCACUCAGCCUGGUCCAGACUAGUCCUGGGACACGGUGGCUGCACUUGUGCCCUCAGAAGCCAGUGCUCACGCCUCCUGCGCCUCCACCACCCAUCCAAGGAUAUGCCUUCAAGCCUCCGCCCAGACCCGACUUCGGGACCUCCGGGAGAACAAUCAAGUUACAGGCCAACUUCUUUGAAAUGGACAUUCCAAAAAUUGACAUUUAUCAUUAUGAAUUGGAUAUCAAGCCAGAGAAAUGCCCAAGGAGAGUUAACAGGGAAAUAGUGGAACAUAUGGUCCAGCACUUUAAAACACAGAUCUUUGGGGAUCGGAAACCAGUGUUUGAUGGAAGAAAGAAUCUCUACACGGCGAUGCCCCUUCCGAUUGGGAGGGAUAAGGCAAGUCCACAAGGCUGCAUUUGGGUCGGUGUGCGGUGGUACACCCCCGUGGGCCGCUCCUUUUUCACCGCGUCUGAGGGCUGCUCUAACCCUCUUGGUGGGGGCCGAGAAGUGUGGUUUGGCUUCCAUCAGUCUGUCCGACCUUCUCUUUGGAAAAUGAUGCUAAAUAUUGACGUCUCAGCAACAGCGUUUUAUAAGGCACAGCCAGUAAUUGAAUUUGUUUGUGAAGUUUUGGAUUUUAAAAGUAUUGAAGAACAACAAAAACCUCUGACAGAUUCCCAAAGGGUAAAGUUUACCAAAGAAAUCAAAGGUCUAAAGGUGGAGAUCACGCACUGCGGGCAGAUGAAGAGAAAGUACCGCGUCUGCAACGUGACCCGGCGGCCCGCCAGCCACCAGACGUUCCCACUGCAGCAAGAGAGCGGGCAGACGGUGGAGUGCACAGUGGCCCAGUACUUCAAGGACAGGCACAAGCUGGUUCUGCGCUACCCCCACCUCCCAUGUUUACAAGUUGGACAGGAGCAGAAACACACCUACCUUCCCCUGGAGGUCUGUAACAUAGUGGCAGGACAGAGAUGCAUAAAGAAGUUAACCGACAAUCAGACCUCAACCAUGAUCCGAGCAACUGCCAGGUCCGCACCCGAUCGGCAGGAAGAGAUCAGCAAGCUGAUGCGAAGUGCAAGUUUCAAUACAGAUCCGUAUGUUCGUGAAUUUGGAAUCAUGGUCAAAGACGAGAUGACAGAUGUGACUGGGCGGGUCCUGCAGCCACCCUCCAUCCUCUACGGGGGCAGGAAUAAAGCGAUCGCCACCCCUGUCCAGGGCGUCUGGGACAUGAGGAACAAGCAGUUCCACACGGGCAUCGAGAUCAAGGUGUGGGCCAUCGCAUGCUUCGCCCCCCAGCGCCAGUGCACCGAAGUCCACCUCAAGUCCUUCACGGAGCAGCUCAGAAAGAUCUCGAGAGAUGCUGGGAUGCCGAUCCAGGGCCAGCCGUGCUUCUGUAAAUAUGCGCAGGGGGCGGACAGCGUGGAGCCCAUGUUCAGGCACCUGAAGAACACGUACGCCGGUCUUCAGCUCGUGGUGGUCAUCCUGCCUGGCAAAACCCCGGUGUAUGCCGAGGUGAAGCGCGUGGGAGACACGGUGCUGGGGAUGGCCACACAGUGCGUGCAGAUGAAGAACGUUCAGAGGACCACACCGCAGACCCUGUCCAACCUCUGCUUGAAGAUCAAUGUCAAACUGGGAGGUGUGAACAACAUCCUGCUGCCCCAGGGGAGGCCUCCUGUGUUCCAGCAGCCGGUGAUCUUCCUGGGGGCGGACGUCACCCACCCCCCUGCCGGGGACGGGAAGAAGCCUUCCAUCGCUGCAGUCGUGGGCAGCAUGGACGCCCACCCCAAUCGCUACUGCGCCACCGUGCGGGUCCAGCAACACCGGCAGGAGAUCAUUCAGGACCUGGCCACCAUGGUCCGCGAGCUCCUCAUCCAGUUCUACAAGUCCACGCGCUUCAAGCCCACCCGCAUCAUCUUCUACCGUGACGGCGUCUCGGAGGGGCAGUUCCAGCAGGUUCUGCACCAUGAGUUGCUGGCCAUCCGCGAGGCAUGUAUCAAGCUAGAAAAAGACUACCAGCCAGGGAUCACCUUCAUAGUGGUUCAGAAGAGGCACCACACGCGGCUCUUCUGCACCGACAAGAAUGAGCGGGUUGGGAAAAGUGGAAACAUUCCAGCAGGCACCACCGUGGACACGAAAAUCACCCACCCAACUGAGUUUGACUUCUACCUGUGUAGUCACGCUGGCAUCCAGGGGACAAGCAGGCCUUCCCACUAUCACGUGCUUUGGGAUGACAAUCGUUUCUCUUCCGAUGAGCUGCAGAUCCUCACCUACCAGCUGUGUCACACCUAUGUGCGUUGCACACGCUCCGUGUCCAUCCCAGCACCAGCAUACUAUGCUCACCUGGUGGCCUUCCGGGCCAGGUACCACCUGGUGGAUAAAGAACACGAUAGUGCUGAAGGAAGCCAUACCUCCGGGCAGAGUAAUGGGCGAGACCAUCAGGCACUGGCAAAGGCGGUCCAGGUUCAUCAGGACACGCUGCGCACCAUGUACUUUGCUUGACAUGUUUCAGUGUUUACGAUCGUGUACCAAGUUGGAUUCACAUGAGACCAGCUACACUCAGACCAACAGUUGCCCAGCCCUCCCGUGACAGCCAGCAUUGAACACGAGAUGUCAUUGAUUCUAGCAGAUUCUCCAUUUUCCAGAAUGCCUUCCGUCCCAGAUUUCAAACUUGGAUUUUGAGCUGCAGACCUGUAUGAGACCCCACUGUCGUAGGAAAUAUGGUUUGCCAAAAUCUAUAAGCUGCUUAUUAAAAUAGAGUCCCCUGUUUCCUAAAAAUCUCCUAAAACCAGUCUAUGAACUCAGGGCUUUAAAACAUUUUUAAUUUA